GGGGUGGAGCGGCUCUGCUCUGAGUCGUGCUCGUCCCCGGGCAGAGUUGGGGUCACCGAGGUGGUGCAGAGCCCUGGCAGACCCGCUGAGCUGCGCUGUGCGGAGUUAUUGCCCCGUGUUGCUGCUCUGUUUGGCUGAUAAGUAAAGGACGGGCUGUCCCAGGGCAGCGGUGCUGUCUGGCACUGGGAGAAAGAGGAAGGCUUCUGCAGGUUGAGUCAGUCUCUUUCCAGUUCAAAAUCAGUGCUGUAGGGUUAAAGGUGUUUGUACAAGGGUUCUAACACCCAGAGUGUUUCUGGCCCACGGUAACCCCGUUGGAAAUGUUUGAGUUCCCGGUAGGAGCACAGCACUGCUGUGAGCAGCCCCGUGACCUGGGCACGCUGCACAGUGAGGCAGAGGGCACAGGAAGCGCAAAUUCCCAUUCCUUGUUUUGGGCCUGACUGCCCUUUCCCUGCACACUUCUAUGGGAGCUGAGGCUGGUUUGUUUCCUGCUGGGCUUCUGCUUGUGUCAAGCAUGUCUGAGUGCUGAGAGAGGUUUGCCCUUAAUAACCCUGCAGCUGGAGGGCCAUCACAAGGAAAGACCGAAUACCCCACAGACACACCAGCCUAGAUUCAGGAGAGCUGUGAGAACCCAAACCCACCCUCCAUUUCCCCACUGCGCUGCUGCUGUCCAUGUGCUCAACCCUGCCUGAUCCACCCAGGCCACUGAGGUGAGGCUGAGCCCGCUGCCAUCUGCAUAUGAGUACAGAGGCAAAGUGAGCCGGAGCCACGAGCUGAGAUCUCCCAGACUCCUGUGUAUCACCAAGCAAGUCGUGACGACCCACAGCGACAGUCCCCAGGAUAUCCUGUGCCCUGUCCCACUGAGCCACCCACUCCCACUACCCGUUCCCCCCCAUGCUGGCACACAGCAUUUACUGGAUGGUGUGAGCAGACGUAGGUGCACUGAGCAGCACUGCAGAGGGGUCAGACGGAGUGGUGGGACGUGUUGCCUCACAUCCUUGACAGAUGGCAAACGUAUUAUCCUUUAACGCCACCGCCAGGCUCUGAGCCCGGCCCUGCUGUUCUGACACUGACUCAGCCCUGAAGACACUUCACAUCUCCAAGGUGACUGUGCUCAGGAGCAGUGAUGUAUUGCGUACAUUUGCUUACAUUCAAGGACAUGUGUUCUUUCCUGUUGUUUGAGUCCCGAGAAAGUUCUCCUAAGCAGGGCUUGCUGUUACUUUCACCGUUGUAUAAUCAAGUGUCAUUACCUGUGAGGUGCGUGGUUCUUCUGAUGGUGGGUUGUGCUGCUGUAGCCAGGAGCUGUAAGUGAGACACGGUGGAGGGACACUGGUGAAGGAGAGCUGCUGGGCAGCUUGGGACGGGUUUGAAGAACUCAGUCCUUUAAGGGAGAUCCCAAGCACUGUCCAUCAGUGCAGGCUGUGGCUGGACAUUGUGUUUAAAUCUGUGAAUUGCAGGUGGCCGAACGUCUUCCCACACUCCUCCUCACAUCUGCCUGUCUGUGCUCUCAGACAGAAGAAGUUGCUUCAAUUGCUUGAAAACCUCCCAUCAGAAAAACAAAAACAACAAACCUGAAAAUAAUUAUUCCUUCAAAUCAACCAACCAAACAGGCAACCAUCCAUUCUCUGUGUGUGGACAAGAGAACAAGCUGUGGAGAGACCUGAUCAGCCCUUUGAAGCUAGCAUGCAGCUAAUAUGGAUUAAAGGCAGUGCCAACCCAUCCUUCCCAGAUGUGCAGCGUGUGUGUGCCUGUAUUUUUCCACUGUCAACUUGACUGUAAAUGCCUGCAUAAUGGGGAUACAUUGUAGUACCAGCUGCAGUUUUAUUUAGAGAGGAGUAAUGAAUAUUUUGUUCCAACAGGCUGUUGAAACGAACGGGACCAUCUGGUUAAAAGUUUUGCUCUCAGUCGUGUCACGAUUCCCCAAAGUUAUAAUCAAGCACCUCUCUGCCCUGGUCAUGCCAAGCAGUUUUAUUUUGGGUCUGGCUAUUGAACAGGCUGCCAGCUUUCAGAGGCCGUCAGCAUCCCACUCUCGUUAUUAGCGCUGCCUUGGAAGCAGUCUCGCCUUUGCCUGGAAUCGUAAAACUUCUCGCCUUUGCUAACAAAGCUGAAGCAGAUACUAAUGAGGGUUUGAGGGCAGACGCUGCCUCAGACAACACUGAGCCUUGAGAAGCACAGAGCUGCAGAAGCAAUUGUGCUGCUUUUAAAAAAUAAGCUGUCGCUUCUCUUUAUUAGACAGACAUCCCCAGAGAGUCGUUCUGAAGCUCCGAAAUGCCGUUCUCUCUGCCAUUGGACACUCUCUGAUACUUUGGGGAACAAUUUCUAUUUUCUGCUGUCAAGCUGUUUGACUGCAUUGAUUUUUUGUAUUGCUUUGGCAACAGGUCACAGGUGGGGCUGAGGUCUUUUUUCCCAGGUGCGUACACACAACAUGUGUGUGUAAUCUUACCUUCCCCGUAUGGGAAUUUCAACAGAGUGAGAGUUUGUGGUAGUGUUUUAAAGCUGCAGACCAGGUCUUAACCUGUAGGGUUGCAAUUAAGGUUAUUGGAUUGUGUGCUGAAAAAGACCAGGAAACCAGUUUGUCCCAGUGGCUGCCCGCUCUGUGUAUCUGUUUCUGGUUGUUUUGUUGUGAUAGGUGAAUUGGGUGUGAAUUAGAUACCAGGAGCAAAAGUUUCCCAGUGAAUUCCAGCAGAAACCCUGACUAUGCAGUGCCCCAGCAAGCUGAAGGCCUGUCCAACAGGAGAUGUGAAUCAUGUCUCUGUUUUCUUCCCUCUGCAGCAUGGACAAGGAUAGCCAGGAUGUUCACCAGGUGCUGAACGAGCUCAAGAACAAGUUCCAGGAGAUGAGGAAGCUGAUCAGUGCCAUGCCUGGCAUCAGUGUGAGCCCAGAGCAGCAGCAGCAGCAGCUGCAGAACCUGCGGGAGCAGGUCAGGACCAAGAAUGAACUGCUGCAGAAGUACAAGAGCCUUUGCAUGUUCGAAAUCCCUAAGGAAUAGGAAGGGAGCAGCUCUGUUGUCUGAGUCUGGAAUGCCUCUUCUCCUGGCUGGAAAGGAGAGAAAAAGUUGGCAGAGGCUUACUUUGUUUUUUUGAUCACGUUACUGUGAAGUCGUGGCUGUGUGGGUCACAGGCAUGUGACACUGAACCAGAACCCUUCGUGUGUCCUUCACAUGUGAUGGUUAAAGCAGUGCCUUUGCUUUGAUCUGCUGUAGGACUGUGUGCAUUUGUAUAUGCAGCUCUUUUCCCUUGGGGUUGGUUGUAUUUUUUUCAUUCAAGCAAGCAGAGCACAUUAUGUUUUCUCUAAAGAAAAAAUCGAAGUACCUGCUGGUUAAGUUCAACAGAAAAAAAAGGAGAUAUUUUCCACUUUUUUUUUUUCCACUUCUGAAAUGACAAACACUGAAAGGGAACAUGCAGGGGAAGCACGAGCUGUUUGGCCUGGAAAGCCUGUUUGCUGGGAAGGAUCUCUGGGGUGCUUUGCAGUCAGUGUGUCGGAAGAGGAAUGGUUGCUUUCUUUUGUUACUUUUGUAUUUUUCUCUCUGUUUUUAAACAGUUGAUAGUUGUGCUUGAGAUGAGUCGAGUAAAGGUUAGAAACUCCAAA